AUUUAUUCUGAUGAGGAUGCGUUGGUUGUGAGUGAAGAGGUAGAGAACGGAGUAGGCGGGCUUAGUGAUGGUCAUCUGCCAGACUGGGCAGGGAUGGUGGAAGAGGUCCAGUACAACAUCGUCACACUGCGAGAAAAGACGAAGCGUGUAGCAGCACUUCAGAGUAAUUUAGUACGUCGACCAUCACUGGAUGACAACGCUGAAGAGGAACGCCAACUAACUGCACACAACAAUGAGAUCAGAAGGACCCUUGAGAGAUGCCAGAUGUUGAUGAUCCAGAUAAAACAUGCAGCUGCCAGAGGUCGAGAAGAAACCUUAAACAAGAAUGUUGUUCGGGCACUUGGGUUUGCACUUCAGGAAGUAAAGAAUGAGUUCAUGACAACCUGCUCAGCCUUUACGAGUUCCAUGAACAACAUAAAAAAGACAAGUUCCUUUGUACAUGAGGGAGGAGGUGAUUAUGACAAUGAUUAUGGAACUUUUGAAGAUGGAUCCAAUUCUAAACACCAGGCAUGGACACAAGAGCAACUCAUGUUUCUGGCUGACAACACUCAUACAGUUCAGGAUCGGGAUCGGACAGUUCAGCAUAUAUUACAGUCUACAGUCCAACUGAAUCAACUCUUCCGGGACGUUGCACAGUUAGUUUCCGACCAGGGAACAAUUUUGGAUAGAAUAGACUUUAAUGUAGAGCAUGCUGCUCUCAAAGUCGAAGAUGGUGCCAAGCAGCUAAAGAAAGCAGAAAAUUAUCAGCGUAAGAACCGCAACAUGAAGUGCAUUUUAGGGCUUUCAGGCACAAUCAUUGUUCUGAUUAUUAUUUUGGUACUUGUCAAAACUUAACAGUGAUAAUGUAUUGUAUAACUUAUAUCUGUCAAAUAAAUUAUUGAUACUAGAAAUAAUGUAGGAUAUUCUAUUUUUCCAGUACAGUAUUGUGUUCUACUAAAGGUGAUACAAUUUAUAGAGCUAUGAAGGUAUUUUGCAUUAUGCAGAUAAUGGUGUCUAAUUAUUUCAGGAAGUUACCUUACAAGGAUUAAGAGAGGUUAGGCUUUAUAUCUGAAAUGUACCUUAUGGAAGAAAUUUGAUGCAAGGAAGAGCAUUUUUUGGUUUAAGAGUAUAUGAAUACCAAAAACUUAUUAAGUAACUUAAUAUUCCGUUAAUCUUACAAGGGGCCAGUAUAAGGGCUAUAUGAGAAUCUUUUUGGUUGGCAUUUAGUUGGACAGGCAUGUAAACACACAUCUUGGUGAAAUGUACAUGGUAUAUGGUUAAUGUUGUGACCUGUAGUACUGCUUAAUUUUUUAAACAGCACAAUUAAUAUUGUCUUUAGGCAGGAUGAUGUCUUUUCCAAUGUACUGAUUUUUAAAAUUAUUCUAUGGUGCAUGAAAUUCACCAUAUAGCCAAAUACCUUUUGGUGUUGGACAUUUUGCUAAACACUCUUUUUUUUCUUUUUUCUUCUGUGACUUUAUGGAAAUUUGAAGGUUACAGAGAUUAUCUUACCAAAAGUUUACAGAAUAUUAUGUUUGAACAAUAUGUGAUCACAGUACUUUGUUGCAUAUUGCUUGGGUAUCAAUAUAUCAGACAUAAGUGGGUUGGUAUGAUUCAGGUACGAUCAGUUUUAGGAUGAAUCUUCGGAUUCAUUAUAUUAAUAAUUAGAUACAUUUUAAUUCAUUACUGGUUUUCAUUCUUUGUAAAAAUAAGUCAUUAUUAAAGUCUUUAGCAAAGAAGUAAUUUUUUUUUUGGCCAAACAUGUACCAGCAUGUUUACAUAUUUUUUAUCUAUUUAAGACAGGCACAAGUCAUAACAUAACCCAUUGCCGCCAGAAACCUGUAGUUUUGUUUUGUGAAUUUUAUUUACACCUAAAUGACUCUCUACAGAUGCCCAACGCCAAGGAGUUAAUUAGUAGGUUAAAGUGACCUGCCCUAGUUUCCCUUUUCCUUGAGGGUUUUGGAAAAAUGCUCUUGUCUAAUAUUAUAAAUAUCAGUACUGUUACUACUGUUAUUAACUUAUAAUUAUAAUGAUGUUAUUAACAAUACUAAUAUCAAUAUAAAAUGUAAAAUAUUUUGAAAAUCAAGGAAAAUGGUCAUCAGGUGAGACAGGUAAAAUAGUAAUUGACUCCUUGGUGUCUAAGCACUUGUGGAGCCGUAUAUGUGGAAAUACAAUCAAUUUACUAAAAUUACACUGAAUAUGGCACUUAAGUAUGUAUCAUAACUGGCAGCAGUGGAUUGUGCUUAUGCUUAUUUGUGAAUACUAUCAGAAUUUAGUCUGUGUCAUUGGAUGGAAGUGUAACAUGUCCUUGAGAGUGUAAAAGCUGUAUAAAUAUCUUGCUAUUGCAGUGGCCUGGGAAACAAUAUCAUAUGAAUAGCCAAAUAUUCAAGAUUUCAAUUUAUAGAAACACUUGCAGUACAGUAUAAACUUUCGAUACUAUGGAAGGGAAAUGUGAAUUAUGUUAUUACAUUAAGUGGAUGUUGGAUUUGGCCAUACAUUUUCUGAAAAUGUUGUCCAUGCUUAUAAUAUACUGUGUUAAUGGAAGCAUUGUCUUGCAGCAUUUUAGCUUUAAUGCGCUAAGUCAGUCAAUUUUACAACACUAUUAUUGUGGUAAUUGCAGGCCACAUGUGUUGAUAUAAUUAUUAAAAUAGGUUCUUUCUUGCUUCUCUGUCACACAAGUAUAUAUUAAAUGACUGUGGUAACUUGCUGAAUCACUCGAGUAAUAUGCAGUACUCUUAUGAGUUUGGAUCAUUAACAAUAUGCUAAAAAAUGUACUAUAUUGAUGAUAUAUUUAUAUAUACAUGUUCACACAAAGCUUUAUUCAAUCUUGUUCUGUAAAUGUAAUGUUCUUAAAAUAUAUUGACUGAAGCUAGUUAAAAUGAUGUAGCUAUAGCUCUUUGUGGUGUGUAUGUGAAUUUGUACUGAAAGAAACAAUACUGUAUCCUAUGUAUUGCAAAUUGUUAAAUCUGUCAAUUUCAGAUGCUUUAUAAGUGAAAGAUAAUAAAAUCUUUAUUUAA